CUGCUCGAUUCUGCCUCCCAGUGUCACUCGAGUCUCGUCUCAGUCACUGGCAUCUCGUGGUUCGCCUGUCUCGUCGCCGGCGGCAGAAGCAACUCGUGGGGUUGUCUCUUGCUUCGUCGCCUUCCGUGGUGUGGUCGCUGACUCGCCGUCGACCGUUGACCGGUUGGACCAAUAAACCAGUAAACCAGUAAAUAGUGCAGUUUGAUGACCGAUCUGGUUUUCAGAACCUUGAUUUGUAGUUACUGGUCGUUGAAUUUGUUGCUCUGUUGCUGAAAUAAUAACUUCCUCAAUUUUUUUGUUGCUGUAUACCUGUAUUGAUUGAUUUGAUUCUUACAUAGAUUUGGUAUAAUUAGUUGAAUUUAGUUUUUAAUUAGGCUUCAAUUACCUUGUUGACAAUGGAUACAGUAUGUUUUCGCACUUUCUUUGCUUUGUGUUUGUGUUGCUAUGCGUCAUACAGAGAUUAUUAUUUCAGAUUCUUGUUAUUGAUUUUGGAUUUGAUGAUGAUUAUAAGAUAUGAGAUGUGUGAUCUUGUUGCUUUCGAUUGUUGUCACUGUGAAUGAAAUGAAUAUUUUGUUAGACUAACGAUAGGGUUUAAAGAGAUUCUUCCUUUAAUUAUUUGGGUUGACAAAGUGGCCCAACGUCCCAAGGGUCCAAGAGAACAAAAAAGAGGAAUAAAAAAAAAACAUCACCCCUUCCUUAGGCUGGAGCAAGGAACAGCAACACCCGCCGUGUCACGGAUCAGGUUACUGGAGGCAAAUGGCGUACUGGAAUGCCCGGCGCAUCCUAGCAUCUACGCUCUCACGAGCUCUCUCUUCGUCUUCCUCUGCACCUGCAACCAUUUCUCGACCUCGUUCUCGCUUGCCUUUUGCUCUGUGUGCCGCCAAACAAACCCUACCGGUUCCUGAUUGUGCGAGGCUCCACCGGGUUCGGACCAAAUCGUCGGGUUCGGGUUACUCGCCGCUGAACGAUCCCUCUCCCAAUUGGAGCAACCGUCCUCCCAAGGAGACUAUUCUUCUCGAUGGCUGCGACUACGAGCACUGGCUCAUCGUCAUGGAGUUCCCCGAGAAUCCCAAACCCUCCGAACAACAAAUGGUUGAUGCCUAUGUCAAAACACUAGCUCAAGUUCUUGGAAGUGAGGAAGAGGCUAAGAAGAAGAUAUACUCUGUUUCCACUACUACAUAUACUGGUUUUGGUGCCCUCAUUUCCGAAGAGCUUUCUUACAAAGUUAAAGAGUUACCUGGAGUUCUUUGGGUGCUGCCGGAUUCAUAUCUUGAUGUUCCCAACAAGGACUAUGGAGGUGACUUAUUUGUUGAUGGGAAAGUGAUUCCAAGGCCACAGUAUAGAUAUUCUGAGAGGCAACCAACUAGGAGCAGACCUCGGCCACGGCAUGACAGGCGUCGUGAAACAAUGCAGGUUGAAAGGAGAGACCCUGUUCAAAGACAGGACUGGAACCAAAGUCAAGGAGGACCUAUGCAGCAAUCGAGUCCAAUGAACAGUCAAAACUCUCCGUCUGGUGGACCAAAAUGUUAAACAUGAUCUCUGCUUGACAAAUUUCCCCCAUAUAACUAAGAGAACUUAAGUAGUUGUAGGGGAGAAUUCUGAUUUAAGUUCUGAAUCUGAAGGCAUGUUGUAUGUCCAUGGUUUUUUAUUUGGAAAUGACUCUGCCUGAACUUGGACAUCAUAUGAUUAGAAUCUUUAGUAUCAUUAUGAUGAUGUGAUAUCCAAUUCAGAUUGUACUUAUCUUAGUAUUCAAAUUCUCGCAGUAUGGAUCCUUAGUAAUCUGGUUAUUUUUUUGCCAGAGCCAAAGCAGUUCGCCUUUUGGGAUACUGAUUGUUUUACAUAUUUGUGUCUGUAGCCUUUUUAUCUGGUCAAGUGUGAAAUCCAAGUGUAUAUGUAUCUUGGUGAGUUUUGAUUAUGACUAAGAGGAGUUCUUUGUUUA